AUGAGCAAAGUCCACGGCGGGAUGAAAUGCGUGAAAUAUCUGCUGUUCGUCUUCAACUUCAUCUUUUGGUUAUCCGGCUUGCUAGUUCUGGCCGUCGGACUUUGGCUCCGAUUUGACCCAGAAACAGUAGAACUGCUGACCGGCAAUGAUGCCCCUGACACCUUUUUCAUUGCCGUGUAUAUUCUCCUGGGUGCCGGCAGUUUAAUGAUGCUGGUCGGCUUCUUUGGUUGUUUCGGGGCAGUUCGGGAAUCUCAGUGCCUUCUUGCAUCAUUCUUUGCCUGCCUGUUGAUCAUCUUCGCUGCUGAGAUUGCAGCUGGCGUGUUUGGAUUCAUCAACAAAGAGCAGAUUGUCGAGGAGGUGCAAAAAUUCUACAGCAGCUCCAUCGGUGACGCAUCCAAUCCCAACGCAACUGCUAUUGCACUCAUUUACCACAGGACUCUCGACUGCUGUGGGGGCUCGACGUCUGCGACUACAUCGGACCUGUGUGAUGACGCCCCAGAGGGAACCAAGGACUGUCUGAGUGCCAUCACGGAUUUCUUUAAUGAAAGACUUCACAUUAUCGGCUACAUCGGGAUUGGCAUCGGCGGAGUCAUGAUUCUAGGGAUGAUCUUCAGCAUGGUGUUAUGUUGCGCCAUCAGGAACAGCAGAGAGGUCAUAUAG